AAUCUCAACCGAGAUGAGGUCCAGACAGGCAAGCGAGUAUUGCUGGCCUACGGCAUCCAGUUUAUGAAUCAGAUGGGUAGGAUCAGUUUGGUCGCGCAGUAUAACGUCGGUCUCGACCCCAAACUCGGCCUUCUCCUUGGGGGUGUGAUCCAAGUCAUGUUUGUGAUCGGUGAGACCCUCGAUAGCCUCCAUCAAAUGCCGCCACUGAUGUCUCUUCGGGUCCUUCUAUCCGACUUUCUUUUCGGACCAGUUCGGCCGUCGAACCCCAUGAUGUGGGUGUUCGUUCGACCUAUCCAGCUCCAUGAUGAUGAUGAUCGCUAUUCUGCUCUCGUUCAAGGGCAAGCAAUCGGCAUCUCGACAAACUGGCUCUGGAACAUUUUUGUGGCGAUGAUCACCCCGACUCUGAUCGAGAACCUCGCCUAG